AUGAACGCGAUACUUCAAUAUUCGCCAAAUUAUAAAAUGAACAAAACAAUUUUGGAUAAAUUUUUAUCACUCGAACAACCGAGUGAUAAAAUUCAAGCGACUUACGUAUGGAUAGAUGGUACUGGAGAAAAUAUUCGUAGCAAAGAUAGAACUUUACCAAAUCUUCAAAUGAAUCCAGAGAAUUAUCCGAUAUGGAAUUACGAUGGAAGUUCUACGUGGCAAGCAAAAGGUACAAAUUCGGAAAUGUAUCUCAUGCCUGUUGCUGUUUUCAAAGAUCCAUUUAGAAAAGGAGAAAAUAAAAUUGUUUUAUGCGAUACGUAUAAAUAUAAUAAAAAACCAGCAGAAACAAAUAAUAGAAAAUCGUGCCUUGAAGCAAUGGAAAGUGCCAAAGAAUCUAAACCUUGGUUCGGUAUAGAACAGGAAUACACACUUUUGGAUAUGGAUGGUAGACCUUUCGGAUGGCCAAAAUGUGGAUUUCCAGGACCUCAGGGUCCAUAUUAUUGUGGUGUUGGAGCCGAUAAAGUUUACGGUAGAGAUAUAGUCGAAGCACAUUAUAGAGCUUGUUUAUAUGCUGGAAUAAAUAUUGCUGGUACCAAUGCUGAAGUUAUGCCUUCUCAAUGGGAAUUUCAAGUUGGACCGACUGAAGGAAUAUUAGCUGGUGAUGAAUUAUGGGUGGCUCGUUACAUACUACUUAGAGUUGCAGAAGAAUUUGGUGUCGUUGUCACUUUUGAUCCAAAACCUAUGGAAGGUAAUUGGAACGGUGCUGGUGCACAUACAAAUUUUUCAACUCUUAAAAUGAGAGAACCGAAUGGAAUAAUAGAAAUUGAAAAAGCCAUUGAUAAAUUAUCAAAAGCACAUUUGAGACACAUUCAAGCCUACGAUCCUAACAAGGGAAAAGAUAACGAAAGAAGAUUAACAGGACAACAUGAAACGUCUUCCAUUCAUAGUUUUUCAGCUGGUGUCGCAAAUCGAAUGGCGAGUGUUAGAAUUCCAAGAACCGUUGCAGAAGAUAAAAAAGGUUAUUUUGAAGAUAGGAGACCAUCGUCCAAUUGUGAUCCUUACAGUGUCAUGGAAGCUUUGGUUCGCACUUGCUUAUUAGAUGAAUAA